CAAGUAUUUUAUUUGUGAGGUUUGUCGCUUCCCUGAGUUUAAAUCCUCCAUGUGAGUUUUGCUUCACCUGUGACCUCCUGUGUUUGUAAAGGCAGAGGUGUGUACCUCACCAACAUGUGGCUGUGGGCGUUGCUCCCCAUCUGCCAGGCUGUCUUUGGCACUCUGGGCAUCUGGACUGUGUUUGCUGUUUCUGUAUCAAAUGGAUCAGUCAACCUCACAGAAGGAUUCCCUUACAUCAGUGAGUGUGGAUCGUACAACCCUCAGAGCUGUCUCUUCUCCCAGAUGUGCAACAUCUGCUCUGUUCUAGCCCUGUGGAUCGUCAUCAUCCGUUUCCAGCAGGUGAAGGACUUUGGUAAUCAUGGAAAGGCCAACAUAGCCGGCAUUAUUCUGGGAUUCAUCUCCUCUGGAGGCAUCUCCAUCAUUGGCAACUUCCAGCAAUCGGUCGUAAUGAACAUUCACCUGCUGGGAGCGUUCCUGGCCUUCUUCGUGGGUCUGGCCUACUUCUGGGUGCAGCUGCUCCUGACCUACAGGGCCGGUCCGUCUCAGGACCGCUGCUGGGUCGGGCCGGUCAGGGCCGCCUGCUGCAGCCUCUGCACCCUGCUGGUCGUCCUGAUGGUGGUUCUCCACCACACAGGCUCUCCCUCGGGGGCUGCGGUGUGUGAGUGGGUUCUGGUCAUGCUGUUCUUCGGUCUGUUCGGCCUUUUCGCAGCUGAGUUCAGACACAUCGACUGCCACCACCUCACUAUACAGAAACCAUCUCUUGGGGAUUCCUCAGUAGUGGUCAAUAGUUUACAUGUAGAUGCAUUUCAAACUGAAAACACACGAGUACAAUAACGUAUAUAAGUGCAUGUGGUUCAAAAACAGCAAUCUUCCGUCAUAAUGUAUUCAUUGCAUUCCUUUAUAGAGUAUCUGAUAUUACCAUACCGUAUAUAAUAUAUUUUUCUAUAAACGUAAGAAGUUAAAGGUGGGGUAGGUAAUUUUGGAGAAACCAGCUCGAGUGCGCUAGAAUCUGAAAAUA